AUGUUUUUCCUGAUUCCAAUUAUUUUCGUCGUUCUUUUUGAUGUUUGUCAUGGAUAUGAGAUCAGCGUUGAGCCGGGAGAAGUCCAAUGUUUCUUCAAUCGAUUCAAUAAGACCGAUUACGUCAGCAUCAUCUAUGAGGUGAGUUUUCACGGGUUUGGUGAUCAUCUUUUUUGGGUUUUCUCCAGGUCCAUGAUGGUGGUUAUCUGGACAUUUCUUUUUCUCUUCGUGAUCCAAGAAACAAGACUUUGCAUUCUGCAAUCAACACUCACGAGAAGAUGCUGAUCAAUGCGGACGAGACCGGGCCGUAUGAAGUUUGUUUUGAUAAUGGUCCAGCAGUUAGUCAACAGAUCAAGGAUGUCAUGUUCUUUUUUGAGAUAGAUCAUUCCAAACGUAUGGAAUCCCUAAAUCCUCUAUUCGGAAAUUCCAGUAAGUCCUUUCAAUUUUAUUCUUGCAAGUUUUAGGGCGUUUUUUACCUUCUUCAGCUUGAUUUUCUUUUCUUUUAGCUGAUGAAGAGCGUCUCGAAAACAUGAUCAAUGAAUUAGCAUCAAAUUUGAAGGCCUGCAGCCGGCGGAACAUGUUGCUCGAUAUGCGUCAGAAGUAUCACGUCCAAUUGAGUAAAGCAAUCGAUGGAAAAAUCGUGGCCUUUGCCUUUUUCCAAAGCGUUCUUGCAGGUUUUGGAAGUUGGCUUCAAGUUUACAUGACUCAACGGUUGUUUGAGGUCAGGCUUUGCGUAUGA